AGCAGAGGGGGACUACAUUUCCCAUCGUGUCCUGCCACUUCCUGUGUGACGAGCCUUUAAAAGCGCCAGCUGAGAGAUUGUAAACAAAGUCAGCUCUUCCCUUCUGGGCCUCUUUGGAGCUGUUUGUUGUCCGAAGAAAGGGCUUGACAGCUCAUUCAGAGACCGGAGCUUUAUAAACAGUCCUUCCGGAGGCCUGCGAUCAGUUCUAGGGGAUUUCCAGGGGAUCUAGAGGGGCAGCUAGUCAUUGUAUACAGAGGCCCUCUCAUCUGAAUCAGGAGUGAAGUAUUUAGGGGCUAGCCAUGUGAUUCGAGGGCCUCUUAUUUCAACCUAGGGCACAGUAAUGGUCACAGUAGCCAGUCAUCAGAUCUAGGGGUCUACCCAGGGCACCAGGGCCAAGUCGUCAGAUCCAAGGGCCCCCAUCUGAUCUAAAGGCCCACCAGAGACACCAGAAGCAUAUCUAAUCGAAGAUCCCUCAUCUCACCUAAGGUGCCAAGAACUGGUGUGCUGAUCAUAAGUGCCAGGAGCCCAUCAUCAGAUUCCUCUGACUGAAGCUGUGAGCGGAGACAGAUCAAGGGAGGACCAAAUUCAACUUUUUGAAGCCAACUGUUGGACCAACGGAUUCCAGGAGCCCCUUAUCUGAUCUGGGGGUCUACCAGAGCUGCCAGGACUAAGUCCUCAGAUCCAGGGGCACCUCAUCAGGGUUGAAGGGUCUACAAGAGUUUCCUGGUAGCCAAAACCAAGGGCCCAGCUCUAGAAGUGCAGAGGCAGACAUCCACUUCAACAGCCAAUACAGGUUCCAGGAGACAAGCUUGUGACCUAAGAGUUUCAGGGGCCCCUUUAUCUGAUCCUUCUAGAGGUGUCAGGAUACCCCCAAAAUCUCACAUCAAAGGCCCAUCUGAUAGAGAUUAUCUGCUUGUUGGGUGUCUGUCAGUCUUCUAGGGGCCCAGCUCAUCCGAUUUGCAGUUCUCUCUUUGUCAGCAAGAUGGAAGACAACAAGAUAUCUGGCGGUAAAGUGAAGAAACCUGGGAAACGAGGGAGGAAACCUGCUAAGAUUGACCUGAAGGCAAAGCUGGAACGCAGUCGGCAGAGUGCACGAGAGUGCAGGGCUAGGAAAAAACUCCGCUACCAGUACCUGGAGGAGCUAGUGUCCAGCCGAGAGCGAGCCAUAUGUGCUCUGAGAGAGGAGCUAGAGAUGUAUAAGCAGUGGUGUACAGUGAUGGACCAAGGUAAAAUCCCAUCCGAGAUCCGAGCGUUGCUAAGCGGGGAGGACCUCAACAAACCGGCACCAAACUCUAGCAAACAGCAACGAGCCAUCAAGACUGAAACUGCAAACAAAUAACCCAGUGUGCACCCCAGAAAUAUUUGAAGCCGGACAUGCCUAACAUGCCGACUGCUGCGUGAUGCGAAGGAACAAAGAGUUAGGACAGCUCUGCCCUUACCCGGAGACUUUCGACAUGAGUUCUGACCUCACACAGGGGAUAACGCCUCUUACCCACAAUCCUCUUGGGUUUGUGACUGUCACCAUCCUGUGCGCAGCUAAGACAAGACAGCGGUAUAUCUUUCGUUAUAAGCGCUACAUCUCUAAAUGCAGAUGAUUGUAUCUGUUGUGUUUUUUUUUUUUUU